GCAGUGGAGUCAGCAUUACUGCAGUCACUGCUCCUCUAAACACAGACAGCUUCAUGUCAAUUGCACAAACUGAGAGCAGCAUCACUCUGCAGUGGAAUAAAGUCAACAACAAUGUCAGCUUUGUUCUCCAGUUUAAUGGUACAGAGACAAGCAUCAGUGCACCAGCUGGAAAUGGACCAGUAACUCACACAGUCUCAUCUCUCACUGCUGGAACUCAAUACACAUUCACCCUUUACGCUGUGUUUGAGAACGUCAGAAGCAGUGGAGUCAGCAUUACUGCAGUCACUGGUGUUGACUGCAUAAAUUCCCAGUGCUUUGAUCCCUGUCAGAACUAUACUGCUCUGAAUAAUGAUUGGCGGUCAACAAAUAAUACAAACAUUCAGGACCUGCACUGUGAUAGUGAUAUUAACUGGCAAGGCUGGUAUCGCCUGUUUCUCGGGCAAUCCAGUGCUCGUAUUCCAGAGAGGUGCAUAGACUCAAACAGGUGUGGGACCCAUGCAUCUUUGUGGAUAACACAACCUCAUCCCACACAGGUUGGUGAAAUUGUGAAUCGCACUGUGUGCAAUACUUGGCUUGGCAGUUGCUGCUAUUUUAACUCACACACGAUCAAAGUCAAACUCUGCUAUGGAAACUACUAUGUCUACAAACUUGAAAAGCCAGUCGGGUGCUAUCUUGCAUACUGUGCAGAGGCGAAUGGAACAGACCCUGAAGUUCCUUCAACCACAAUGUCUCCAGCUCCUUCAAAUGCACAAAACCUCAUAUCAUCAGGACAAAAUGAAACCAGCAUCACUCUGCAGUGGAAUAAAGUCAACAACAAUGUCAGCUUUGUUCUCCAGUUUAAUGGUACAGAGACAAGCAUCAGUGCACCAGCUGGAAAUGGACCAGUAAAUCACACAGUCUCAUCUCUCACUGCUGGAACUCAAUACACAUUCACUCUCUACUCUGUGUUUGAGAACGUCAGAAGCAGUGGAGUCAGCAUUACUGCAGUCACUGCUCCUUCAAAUGCACAAAACCUCAUAUCAUCAGGACAAAAUGAAACCAGCAUCACUCUGCAGUGGAAUAAAGUCAACAACAAUGUCAGCUUUGUUCUCCAGUUUAAUGGUACAGAGACAAGCAUCAGUGCACCAGCUGGAAAUGGACCAGUAAAUCACACAGUCUCAUCUCUCACUGCUGGAACUCAAUACACAUUCACUCUCUACUCUGUGUUUGAGAACGUCAGAAGCAGUGGAGUCAGCAUUACUGCAGUCACUGCUCCUUCAAAUGCACAAAACCUCAUAUCAUCAGGACAAAAUGAAACCAGCAUCACUCUGCAGUGGAAUAAAGUCAACAACAAUGUCAGCUUUGUUCUCCAGUUUAAUGGUACAGAGACAAGCAUCAGUGCACCAGCUGGAAAUGGACCAUUGAAUCACACAGUCUCAUCUCUCACUGCUGGAACUCAAUACACAUUCACUCUCUACUCUGUGUUUGAGAACGUCAGAAGCUCUGGAGUCAGUAUUACUGCAGUCACUGCUCCUUCAAAUGCACAAAACCUCAUAUCAUCAGGACAAAAUGAAACCAGCAUCACUCUGCAGUGGAAUAAAGUCAACAACAAUGUCAGCUUUGUUCUCCAGUUUAAUGGUACAGAGACAAGCAUCAGUGCACCAGCUGGAAAUGGACCAGUAAAUCACACAGUCUCAUCUCUCACUGCUGGAACUCAAUACACAUUCACUCUCUACUCUGUGUUUGAGAACAUCAGAAGCAGUGGAGUCAGCAUUACUGCAGUCACUGCUCCUUCAAAUGCACAAAACCUCAUAUCAUCAGGACAAAAUGAAACCAGCAUCACUCUGCAGUGGAAUAAAGUCAACAACAAUGUCAGCUUUGUUCUCCAGUUUAAUGGUACAGAGACAAGCAUCAGUGCACCAGCUGGAAAUGGACCAGUAAAUCACACAGUCUCAUCUCUCACUGCUGGAACUCAAUACACAUUCACUCUCUACUCUGUGUUUGAGAACAUCAGAAGCAGUGGAGUCAGCAUUACUGCAGUCACUGCUCCUUCAAAUGCACAAAACCUCAUAUCAUCAGGACAAAAUGAAAUCAGCAUCACUCUGCAGUGGAAUAAAGUCAACAACAAUGUCAGCUUUGUUCUCCAGUUUAAUGGUACAGAGACAAGCAUCAGUGCACCAGCUGGAAAUGGACCAGUAAAUCACACAGUCUCAUCUCUCACUGCUGGAACUCAAUACACAUUCACUCUCUACUCUGUGUUUGAGAACGUCAGAAGCAGUGGAGUCAGCAUUACUGCAGUCACUGCUCCUUCAAAUGCACAAAACCUCAUAUCAUCAGGACAAAAUGAAACCAGCAUCACUCUGCAGUGGAAUAAAGUCAACAACAAUGUCAGCUUUGUUCUCCAGUUUAAUGGUACAGAGACAAGCAUCAGUGCACCAGCUGGAAAUGGACCAUUGAAUCACACAGUCUCAUCUCUCACUGCUGGAACUCAAUACACAUUCACUCUCUACUCUGUGUUUGAGAACGUCAGAAGCUCUGGAGUCAGUAUUACUGCAGUCACUGCUCCUUCAAAUGCACAAAACCUCAUAUCAUCAGGACAAAAUGAAACCAGCAUCACUCUGCAGUGGAAUAAAGUCAACAACAAUGUCAGCUUUGUUCUCCAGUUUAAUGGUACAGAGACAAGCAUCAGUGCACCAGCUGGAAAUGGACCAGUAAAUCACACAGUCUCAUCUCUCACUGCUGGAACUCAAUACACAUUCACUCUCUACUCUGUGUUUGAGAACGUCAGAAGCAGUGGAGUCAGCAUUACUGCAGUCACUGCUCCUUCAAAUGCACAAAACCUCAUAUCAUCAGGACAAAAUGAAACCAGCAUCACUCUGCAGUGGAAUAAAGUCAACAACAAUGUCAGCUUUGUUCUCCAGUUUAAUGGUACAGAGACAACAUCAGUGCACCAGCUGGAAAUGGACCAGUAAAUCACACAGUCUCAUCUCUCACUGCUGGAACUCAAUACACAUUCACUCUCUACUCUGUGUUUGAGAACGUCAGAAGCAGUGGAGUCAGCAUUACUGCAGUCACUGCUCCUUCAAAUGCACAAAACCUCAUAUCAUCAGGACAAAAUGAAACCAGCAUCACUCUGCAGUG